UUAUAUGUUUGUUGUAUACUAUCCAAUCCCUCCCUUCCUGAUUUCUUCCCUCACCUUCUUUAUCUCUCUCUCUCUCUGACUCAUUUGCAUGCAAGGGAUUAAGCAGGAUAGAGAAAGAUUACGUUCCUUUUUCCAAGGGGACUUUUCCGUGCUCUGUUAUGGAAUCUAAGGCGUGUUGUUCUUCUGUCUGUACCAGCAUAUCUGAGCGAGCAACAUUAAAACUGACCAUCAUCAUACAAAAUAGAGCUAGCAAAAGCUCUUCAGUCUGUUAAAUUCUAAACUGGGAAUAAAAACUGAGAAGACGAGCUGAACGUCACAGGAGAGUUGUAUAUGAGGAGGCCAGUGUGUUGUUUUUCUGUAGCCUGACACCCAAGUAGCUUCAGGACUCAGGAUGAGACCAGACAUGGAGAAUGAUCCAGAGUCAGCUACACGGGAGAUGGGAGACAAGGGCCUGACGCAGAUCUUGGCAUAUGUGAUUGCUGAGGUGAGGGGCUCUAUCAAUAAAGAAAUAAACGGAGCUGAACUUUUGUACAGUUUGCUCAACGCUCCCUGGCUGCAGUCUCUACUAAAGGUGUAUGAAUGUCUACAGCAGCACCUGAAGGGUUCCGCUAGGCCGUAUCUCUCCUAUUCAUCUGGACUUUCUCUGCAGAUUCUUUCUGACCUGCUGGCAAUCCCUAACCCCUCAAAUGAAGCUCGAGAACUUUAUAACCUCCUCAGUCAGCCCCAUUUACAGGCUCUCCUCUCAGCACAUGACACAGUAAGUCUGAGGGACUAUGAGCCGGAAUUGCCACCACUGCCUAAUGACAUCCCUGAAGACGAGGAAGCCAUGAGGAUCGUCUGCCUAGUCAAAAACAAUCAGCCUCUGGGGGCAACGAUCAGGAGAGAUGAGGUGACAGGUGAAAUAUAUAUUGCUCGGGUUAUACAUGGAGGACUGGCUGACCGCAGUGGUCUCUUGCAUGCUGGAGACAGGCUGGUAGAGGUGAAUGGUUAUCCUGUGUUUGGACUGGAACCAGAACAAAUCAUCCAGAUUCUAGCUCACUCCCAUGGAACCAUAAUGUUCAAGGUCGUUCCUAUCACUGACAGGCCAGUCAACAACCAAACUAUGCUGUAUGUGCGUGCCAUGGUGGACUAUAACCCUCAUGCGGACCCCUCCAUCCCCUGCGCAGACGCUGGUAUGGCCUUCAGGAAAGGAGAUAUCCUGGAGAUUGUGGAUCAGACAGACACCCUCUGGUGGCAGGCCAUAAAACUGCCAAGCAUCUCUGCCUGCGCUGGCCUCAUUCCCUCCACCAGCUUGCUCAAAAGGAAGCAGAAAGAGUUCUGGUGGUCUCAGCCUUAUCAACCCCAUAUCUGUGUCAAGACCUUGAGCACAGUGGAUGAAGAAGAAGACAUGAUUGCUAUUGAUGAAAAUUGUGUAGAAGCAGAUGAAGAGACGUUUGAAUCUGAAGAGCUUAAGGAUGAGGAGAGUGAAUUCAUCACCAACAUUGAGGGGAUUUAUCUGACUGGUUUUCGGCACAGUCUGCGUCUUUGUCGCCGGCGGAAGGGUCAGGCUUUUGGAACAUCCCAGUUCGAGUCCCUUCGUUGUCCCAUGAGCUGUUACAGUUCCCUGGCUAACCCUUACGAGGAGGUGGUGCGAUAUCAGCCCCACCCAGAACACACACACCGCCUCAUAGCACUGUUAGGUCCGUCUGGGGUCGGGGUCAAUGAAUUACGCAGGAGGCUAAUCGAGAUCAAUCCUAAGGUUUACCAAGGAGCUGUUCCCCAUACCACACGGCCACCCAAAUGCCACGAGGAAUCUGGCAGAGAAUAUCACUUCAUCAGCAGAGAACAGUUUGACAACAUGGUCUGCAAUCACAGGUUUAUUGAGUUUGGGGAGUUAAGAGGUCAUCUCUAUGGCACUAGUGUGGAUGCAGUUAAAGAUGUUUUGGCCAGUGGAAAGAUCUGUGUGAUUGACAUUGAGCCACAUGCAUUAGAGUCAGUGAGGACCCCAGAGCUGAGGGCGUAUGCCAUCUUUAUAAAGCCUCCUCCUACUGAGCAGAUGAAGCAGACGCGAAUGAGCUCUCAAAUCAUCACAAAUUACUACAUCAGCCGGGCCUUUAAGGAUGAAGAUUUUCAGGAAAUAGAGGAUGCAGGACGUAAGAUGGAACAGCAUUACUGUCAGUUCUUUGAUCAUGUGAUUGUAAAUGAUGGCCUACAGGCUGCAUGUGUGCAGCUGCUGACUGCAGUGAGGAGAGCUCAGGAUGAGCCCCAGUGGGUACCAGCUGCAUGGAUCAGACCAACUGACCAGUCUUAAUAGAGAAUAUGCAAAUGCAAAUAAACAAUGACUAUGCAAAUACACUUUAUUUUUCAUUGUACAUAGUGAGAAUACUGUAUGUUUGUCUGUAAAAAUAUUAGUCUAAAAACAAAAUGUUUUCUGUUCACAACCUUUCUUUUCAAUAUUUUGUUCACUCUUGGAAAAAUAAUAAACAUUUAUUAAUCUACCCAAAGAUAUUUAAAUUGAGAACUCUUUUGAGCACUUAUCCACUUCAAACUGUUGUUGUUUUUAAGGUUGUCAGGUACAAAAUUAAAAGUUUAAGGAAUAGUUCACCCAAAAAUGGGAAUUCUCCCAUUACUCACCCUCAAGCCACCCCAGAUGUGCAUGGCUGUCUUUCUUCUGGUGAACACAAACAAAUAUUUUUGAAGAAUAUUUCAACUCUGUUGGUCUAUUCAAUGCAAGUGAAUGGUGACCAGAACUUUGAAGCUCCAAAAAACAAAAACAAAAAAAUAAAACAAAAACAAAAACACACAUAAAGGCAUAUGACUCUAGUUGUUAAAUCCAUGUCUUCAGAAGCGAUAUGAUAGGUGUGGGUGAGAAACAGAUCAAUAUUUAAGUCCUUUUUUACUAUUAAUUCUCCUCCUGCCCAGUAGGUGGUAAUAUGCAUGAAGCAUGCUGUGGAGGCGAGGGCGUGGUCGAGCGUUCGUCUAGGGAGAGAGGAAGCGAUAAGUGUUUUCACCGGAGAUGAAUUGCUGGUA